AUGUCCAGUUUAGCUUCUCAGUUGAAAUCCAUUCAGGAUAAGACUGCAACAGUUGCACUUGAUAGAAAGUCGCGUUCUAAAGUACAUUCUCGUUCCCUUUUAUUUGAAUCAAAAGUUGCUUCUACCCAAGAUUAUGAAUUUAUUUAUCAAAUAGCUUAUGAAGGAUUAGAAGAAUUAUGUGAAUUAGAUUCAAGAUUUACUAAAUUCAAACAGACGCUUUAUUCAGAAACUUCAAUUAAUUUGGAUAGAACGUUACAGACUAAAGAAAUCGUUGAUCAAUUAAAUAAAAAUAUUGAAGCUUUCUUAACUUUAAUUGGUCCUUAUUACAAUUUGAUCCCUGCAGUUAAAGCUGUAGAAUGGUUAGUUAGAAGAUUCCAAGCUAAUGUUCACAAUGCAGAACUUUUACUUUUGACUUCAUUGCCAUACUACCAACAACCUAUAUUUAUCAAGAUAUUGAAUGUUAUUCCAAAGAACCAAUUUCCAAAGAUUUUUGAAUGGGUUAUUGGUUACAAAGAUUUGCUUAAAUGUCCUACUUCAUCAUCUAUACUCAAAGCGUUAUACGGGGACUUUGAUUUAUACAAUUUUUAUUCCAUGUUUUUGAAUGAACAGAUCAAGAACCAAACUAUUUACAAAGAACAAUUAGUCUUUUAUUUAUCCAACACUGUACAAAUCUUAGCCUCCUUGACGAAAAAUACAUCUACAUUAAAUGAAAAACAUAUGCCUGUUACUUUAGAAACCGUUGGAUUAAUGUUAUUGCCUCAGAAGGAAUCAAAAUACUCGGGUACUAUCAAUUCAGAUUUGAAAUUAACUGCCUACUCGGUCAUCACUGUUCUCGCUUCGGUCGUUCCAUUAUCAACCCAAAUCAUUAAAACUUUAACGGAAUCAAUAUUACAAGACAAGCUGGCUCUCAAAGCUUCCUCUUUGAAACCAACUUUAAUUGUUUUAAGUCAAUUAUGGAAUUUCUAUCCAGGCGAUCUUGAAAAGCUUGAUUGUUUUGAUAAAUCAGCCUUGAAAAACUUAAGUGACGAAGUCUUGCAAGAGUUAAAGAAGGAUAAUUUCAAGAUUUCCAAGUUGUUGUCCUUCUAUUUUGUUAAUUCUUUCCCAUCUUCGGAGUCAUACAGAUUGAUUCCCUUUAUUGACUUAAACAAUAAAUCAAUUUUUAAUACAAUAGCAAAGUUAGCAAUUGAGAAUUCAACAACUGAAGAUGCAGAUGUUAGAUCAAGCUUGAUCAAGAUUUCACAAUCGCUUUUAAAAAUUAAUUCCAAUUUUUUUAUUGAAAAUUUAAAGGAACAAGGCUUAAAGAUUGACGAUUUAGAAUUAAGGUUCAUGACAUUGAUCAGUGAAGGUAAGAUCCAUAACGAUGAUGAUAUCGAAUUCGAUGCAGAAGAUGAAGCUGAUAGUAUUCUGGGUAAUGAACAGGAGAAUUUGAACAAUACCUUAGACUUUGAAUCUAUCCAAGCCAAAGCGAAGUCUUAUUUCAGUUCUGAAAACGAAGAAGAAUUUAAUGAAUUGUUAUCCGUAUUGACAAGUGCAUUAUCCAGCGGAAAUGUCAGAACACAAAAAUAUAUCAUAUCCGUAUUUUGUAAGAAAGUAUUCAAGUCGUUAGAAAUUGCAUUAUCUUUCAUUAUUAGGGUCGCAUUCACUCCAGCCGUUCCAUUAUCAAUUAGGGUAUCUGCAAUUAGAGUUCUUAGAAUCAAAAUCAAGGAUUGUGCCAAUGAUGCUACUGACUUUUAUUUAUUGCUUCCAAUUCUUGUGUUGGCAUUUUCUGAUGAAUCAAAAGUUAUUAGAGCGGGUUUUGCAGAAGUAUUGCGUCUAAUUCAUGAUAUCACUUCUAAAUUGCACAGCAAUAAAUCUAAGGCUAAUACUACCUUAUUUUUGGAAAAUGAGAUUUAUGUUGAUACCAAAGCUGAUAAAAAGGCAAUCAUUCCACCUCAAUAUGCAUUAUUUCUUACAGAACUUUUUUGCAAGGAUGAAACAAUCCUCAAAGACAUGGUUUUAGAUCCAUCAAGAAUCAAUAAGGUUUUAUUUGACAACGUUUUUAAAGUUUCCAGAUCAGGACAAAAGAAAUUUGGACAAGUUAUUCUCAAGACAUUCUUUUUAAACCAAUGGUCUUUAGCUUUCUGGCCAAUUGUUUUUAAGUGGAGAGCAUGGAGGAUUGUUGCUAAUGAAAAUAAAGUUGGAUCGGAUGAUAGAUUCUUUUUUAGUGAAGGAGAUAUUGAAAAUUAUUAUAACAAGAGAAAUGAAUGGAUUAAACAAGCUAAUACUGCCAAGAUUAUUUUCUUUGAUGAUUUUGAAUCUGCCAUUGUUGGAUUAGUAGGUGGUGUCAGUUCUACGGAUAAGAAUACCAAUAAGGAAGUUGAAUGGAUUUGUCAAGGAUUAGAAUCCCAAUCAGGAAAUGUACAAAUUGCAGUCAAUAAACGAGUAUUGGAAAUUUUCACUACAUUUAAACUGGUUGAUGCAAGUUUGAAGAUUUUAAAUAAAUUGAUUGAAUUAUUGACCAAUGAACAAAGCAUUGAUUUUGAUCCAAUGCAAACUUUACAAGAACUUGAGAUCAGUCGUGAAUUAUAUCUUCAAGCUUUGAAUAAUGUCCAAAUUGGUGGUCAAGUCCCAGAACAAGGCGUGGCAAAGAGAAGAAGAAGAUCUUCUAGUUCUACUAGACAAGCUAUGGCAAAGGAUGAUAUCAAUACUAUGGCUUCGAGUCAUUUGAAGAAAUUGACUUUUAUCUUAGAUGUUUUAGAAUCCACUUUACGUAACCGUCCAACGGAUAUUGCUUGUCCAGAUUUAUUGAAGGCAUUAUUUAAGAUUUUAACAGAUUUGGAUUAUUUGGGUAAUGAUGGUAAUUUACCAGUAUUGUAUGCUCAAGAAACUUUAGCUUCAUGUAUGUUACUUAGUAUUGUCAAGAUGAAAGAAAGUGGCCAACAAUUUAAAUUCGAUUCUAAUUCAAUCAGAGCAGAUUUGAUUGUUAAUUCCAUCAGAUCUUCACAAUCACCUCAAGUUCAAAAUAGAUUAUUAUUGGUUAUUUCCGAAUUGGCUUCAUUAGCUCCAGAAAUUAUUUUACAUUCAGUAAUGCCAAUUUUUACAUUUAUGGGUGCUCACACUAUUAGACAAGAUGAUGAAUUUUCCAAUUCUGCAUUACAACAAACUAUUGCGAAAGUUAUUCCUGCAUUGGCUGCAAAUGGUUCAUCUUCAGUUAGUAGCGAAAUUGAAUUUUUGUUGACAAGUUUUGUAGCUGCUUUCCAACAUAUCCCAAGACAUCGUCGUGUUAAAUUAUUCACUUCAUUGACUACCACUUUGGGAUGUGAUGAAUCCAUGCAUAUUCUUUUAUUUUUGAUGGGACAACAAUAUGCUUAUAAUUUAUCCAAAAAUAAAUCCAAUGAAGUUGACUCUAUUUUAGAAUUUGUCAAGGCAUACUUAAAGGGAUUUAAUUCCGAAGAUCAAUUGAAUGGAAUUGGUCAAUUUACCAAAUUAUGGAAUCAAAUUCCAAUCAAGCAAGUUGAAAUUAAUUCUGAUGAAUAUCAUGAUUUAAAUUCCAGAUCUAUUUUUGGUACAUCCAUUAUUUCGCUCCAGAAUGAAGGAUUAGUUGAUUUAAAGAAUCAUCUAUUACAAUUUUUGAAUUCUGUAUUACAGUCGGAAGUUAAUACCAAGUUUGAUACCAGUUCUUUGAAGACAAAGAUUACGAUUUCAUUGUUGGACGGUUCUAUUCCAGAAGGCGUGAAAGAAACCAUCUUGGAAAAAUUCAGGAUCAUCUCAUCUUUUGCCUUAUCAGGCUUAGAUAAAUUCACAAAUGUUUCCAAGAAUAAGGAUAUUUGUUUAAGUUUGUAUGAAUUAUUAGCAAACUUGUUAGACUUAUUACCAUUGAAUUACUUCGUUGACUCAAUCGUCGAUUCUUUGGAUAUUGAUAAAUUAUCAGAUGCUUUAUCUAUCAAGGUAGCACGAAAUUAUGCAAUUUUAGCUUCAAGAAAAUUCGAAUCUGAUUUGAAUACAACUAAUAUUGAUGAUGUGAUUCAAGUGUCUGUAAUUGACAAAUUAUUGCCGGUUUUGAUUAAGGGUAUCAAGAGAAAUGUUGACACUGAAUUACAACAAGCAUACCUUGAUGCAUUCUCCACUAUUGUGAACAAAUUUGGUACUGCUACAGGUGUUGAUUUUGCAACCAAUUCAAAGGUUUUAAUUGAUGCUUUAACUAUAAUUACUACCGAUCGUGGAUUAUUAGGUGAACAACCCGAAAUUAUUAUUUCUUCAAUUAAUGCAAUUACAAGUGUUGUUAAUCUUAUGGGUGUGAAAACACUUGGUUUGUUCCCUAAGGUUGUUCCACCAGCUCUCAAGAUUUGGGAAAGUACUGUUGAUGCUGAAGAUGAAGAAUCAGCCAAAUUGUUACAAGCUUCAAUUUUGGUCUUAUUAUCAUGCUAUAUUAAGAAGAUUCCCGCAUUUAUGACAACCACUUUAGAUUCUGUAUUCAUAACUGUUUUAUCAAGUAAUUUGAUUGAUAAUUCAAUCAGAUCAACCAUUUUAAAUUCAAUCGUGGAACAUAUGGAUUUAGCUCAAGUUUUGAAAUCAUUAUGUAACAUUUGGACAGUUAAGAAGUUUUAUCAGAAUGAUAAUUCUGGUAAUCUUGGUUUAUUCUUGAAUACGAUGCAAUCUACAAUUGAAAAGAUUGAUAAGAAAUCCGCCACAUCACAAUCUACUGUAUUUAUGAAAUGGUUGAUUAAUGCAUUUGAAUUCAGACAAUAUUCAGAAGAAACUGGUAAUAAAUUUGAUAAUAAUACAAUCCAUAGAUUAGAAAGCUCAUUCCAUACGUGUGCUAUUAAUUAUGUUAUGAAAUUAAAUGAUAAGACAUUCCGUCCAUUAUUUGCAAAUUUGGUUAGAUGGGCUGUUUCAGGUGAAGGUGCUACAUUUGUUGGUAAUACAGAGAUUUCUCGUUUAUUGGCAUUCUUUAGAUUCUUUAACAAGUUACAGGAUCAAUUGAAAAGUAUUAUUACUUCUUACUUUUCAUAUUUACUUGAUGCAACUUCAAAUAUUUUAAAGAGAUUUGCUAAUGGUGAAUUGGUCGCUACCAAUUUAAGAAGAAUUAUAUUAAUUUCGUUAACAUCAUCAUUUAAAUAUGAUCAAGAUGAUUAUUGGUCACAACAAGGUAGAUUUGAAAGUAUAUUUGAACCAUUAUUGGAUCAAUUGAAGAAUGUUGAAGAAACAAUUGGUAAAUACUUGGUUAAGGCUAUUACUGGAUUUGUUGCUAAUGUUUCUUCUGAAGAGUAUAAUGAAACUUUAGUCCAUCAAUUAAUUAAAUUUAUUUCAAAUGAAAGUCAAUCUAAUACUUCAGCUACUAAGAUUUGGACCAUUAGAACAUUAAAGACAAUCUUCCAAAAGAUGGGAGAACAAUGGUUAUCAUACUUGCCUACUUUAGUUCCUUAUAUUGCAGAAUUAUUAGAAGAUGAUGAUGAAGAUGUUGAAAUGGAAGUUAGAGGUGGAUUAGUACGUGUGAUUGAAAAUGUAUUGGGUGAACCUUUGGAUAGAUAUUUAAGUUAG